AAGGCAGCUCUGAGGUAGACGGGUGGUUCUUUUAAGUCUGAGCACUGAGCAAAAUCAGAAGAGGAGGAGAGAGAAGGUAGAAGAAAAGGGAUGCCUUUUAGCCAAAUCCUCCACUGAAAGAUUUGUGAGAGCAUGGAGAAAUUACUCUCUGGAGUAAGUGUGGACCUCUGUGUAGAAGAGAGAGCAUCAUGGUGGCCUUCAAGGGGGUGUGGACUCAGGCUUUCUGGAAAGCAGUCACAGCGGAAUUUCUGGCCAUGCUUAUUUUUGUCCUGCUCAGCCUGGGCUCCACCAUCAACUGGGGUGGAGCCGAGAAGCCCUUACCUGUGGACAUGGUUCUCAUCUCCCUUUGCUUUGGACUCAGCAUUGCCACCAUGGUGCAGUGCUUUGGCCAUAUCAGCGGUGGCCACAUCAACCCUGCUGUGACCGUGGCCAUGGUGUGCACCAGGAAGAUCAGUAUCGCCAAGUCCGUCUUCUACAUCGCAGCCCAGUGCCUGGGGGCCAUCAUUGGAGCGGGGAUUCUCUACCUGGUCACACCUCCCAGUGUGGUGGGAGGCCUGGGAGUCACCACGGUUCAUGGAAAUCUUACUGCUGGUCACGGUCUCCUGGUGGAGUUGAUAAUCACAUUUCAGUUGGUGUUUACUAUUUUUGCCAGCUGUGAUUCCAAACGGACUGAUGUCACUGGUUCAAUAGCUUUAGCAAUUGGAUUUUCUGUUGCAAUUGGACAUUUAUUUGCAAUCAAUUACACUGGUGCCAGUAUGAAUCCAGCCCGAUCCUUUGGACCUGCAGUUAUCAUGGGAAAUUGGGAAAACCACUGGAUAUACUGGGUUGGACCAAUAAUAGGAGCUGUCCUCGCUGGUGGUCUUUAUGAAUAUGUCUUCUGUCCAGAUGUUGAACUCAAACGUCGUUUUAAGGAAGCCUUCAGCAAAGCUGCCCAGCAAACAAAAGGAAGCUAUAUGGAAGUGGAGGACAACAGGAGUCAGGUGGAGACCGAGGACUUGAUUCUGAAACCUGGAGUGGUACAUGUGAUUGACAUUGACCGGGGAGAGGAGAAGAAAGGGAAAGACCCAUCUGGAGAGGUAUUGUCUUCAGUAUGACUAGAAGAUAGCACUGAAAGCAGAAGAGAACCCUUAGAACGGUCCUCAGAUUUCCUUCCACCCAUUAAGGAGACAGAUUUGUUAUAAAUUAGACAUGUGCAGAUUUGUUAUUUCAUGUCAUAUUACUCAGUCUAAACAAUAAAUAUUUCGUUAUUUACCAAGGAGGAAAGGAAGAAAUCUAUUGUGAAUUUCAAAAAAAGAGAAGACUUUUUGGAACUAUAUAUCUAGCUUACCUAGGUAUAGAGUUUUUUGAACUUUCAUUAAUAACCUAUUUAAAAUGUAUAUCAAGAUUGGGCUAAGUCUUGCCUUACAAAAUAUAUAGACACACCUAUCAAAUUAUUUCUCCUUUACCAGAACUUGAUAUUGACAAUUCUCACUUGAAUUUAUUCCAUUAAAUUGAGUUGAAUAAUGACAAAAUGCAGAAUGUCACAGGGUCAUGCACACUUGAGAUAAAAUACAUCAAGGUUUUUUUUUAUGGGCAAUCUCUUAUUUAUAAACUACCUCGGCAAAAGGAUAUUAACAAGGAUCAUUGUUAAUUGUUUCCAUUCAUAUUGCAAAUACUGACUUUCAAACCCAACUCCAAUUUAUUAUAAUCCUUCCUCUUCCUCAGUAUUCAAGGUAAUGUGGAACUAAAGUCCAGAAAUUGGAAAAGAAAAACAUUCUGAAAUCCUUCAUAUUUAUUAGUUUCAUCUAAUAAAUUAUCCCAACCAUAAGAGACACCUAUUUGGAUUCAGAACAAGCAUAUUUAUGAAAUCUUAAUGGGGGUGGGGAAAAGUUAUCAUCAUGCAAAAAUCACAAGGCAAAAGGAAAUCUGUAUUCUGGUAUCAAAUGGUUGAUCUGUUUUCAGUGCACAUCCUCAAAUGCACCACACAAGUUAACAAUCUAAACUUUUAACCACUAAACCACUUUGCUUUUUUUUUUUUUUUAGUUUAUUGGUAAAACUGGGGGUUUUGUUUGUAAUUUUGAUUAUCUCUAUGUAAACAUUAGCAGAGACAAAGUUUUGACAACAAGAUCUUAACUAGUUGGUAUUUUAUUGGUUAUGAGUCCUGAGUCCUGCUCACUCUAGAAAGUGUGGAUUUGUUCUGCCCAGGCCCAACUCUGUUGCUCCCUCACUUCUUGUGACAUUUCUUCAUAAUCUUUACUGCAAGUGCAAUGAUAUUUGAGUGAAUUAAAAUGUAUGACAGACAAGGCAGGACAUGGCGGCAGCAUAGGAAGCAUAGGAAGGUGACAACAUCUAAACAGUUAGUUUUCAAAGCUAUUUGACAAACCUUUCAUUUGUAGAGAUAUUGUACCUAAGAUGUCUUUAAUAUAUUUUUAUUACUGACCAGUUUACUUGUUAAAAAUAAUUUGUUUUUCCUGCACUUCUUUGCUUUUUGUUCGUAGAAUGUUCUCUGAAAACCCCAGUUCCUAUCCUCUUAACUGUCUAGUCUAGACUUCAUCUUAGACAAAGAGCGGCAAAUGUCAAUUUCACUGAACAAAAGCUGGUAGUAGAAAAGCAAAGACCCAUCACUGCGAGGAAUGGCUUGUAAAUAGCUCCUAACCAAGGGCUUUCUUCUCCCAAGAUAGUUCCAACCGUGUGUCUCCUUUUAGUGUUAAUGGCAGUUGUGUGUCUGUGGCUGCGAGAUAAUGGACCACUAUUAAACCUGAUUCUCUUUGGUGCUAAGAAAGAGUGAUGCUCAAGAUUCCCCCCAGCAUCCCCAAGCCAGUGUGAUGCCUGCAAGUGCCCCUGGCAUAUUUCACAGCAGGUGCCUACAGCACAGGUCCUUUCCUCAGGGGCACAGGGCAGGGCCACACCACACACUAUGCCAGGGACAGGGUGGCACCCAUGGAAACCAGGGUGCAAAUCUCCCAAAGGUGGCUUAUGCCCAUUAUUUCAAAUGUUUGCACAAUUUACCACUAAAGAUUUAAGAUCAGGGUGGUUCAAAAGGUAAUACCAACCAUCAGCAAACAUGUCAGUUCAAAAAUAAAUUUAGUUAACAAGGAAUAAACAGAUUUCUGAAUACGCUUACAAAAUACUGGUUUAUUAUCAUUUUUAUUCUGCCAUAUGGUUUACUACAUGUGCACUUACUUUUACACUCACUUCCAAUUUUGGCAUUCAGUAAGUUAGGGAUUUAAAUAGAAGAGUGAAUGAUGUUUUUGUAAUUUGUUUCCUAGCAGCUAGCAGAGCACCACACACAUAGUAGGUACUCAAAACAUGUGUGUGAAUUAAUAAAAAGGUAUAAAUCUCAUAUGGGGCUUAAGAAUGCAGAUAAUUUCCUUUUCAUCUUCAUUUUGCUCAAUGUUUAAUAAAAGCAUGAUUCCCUAUAUUACUGAAGUAAGGCAAUAUAAACAUGGAAAUCAUAAAGUGUUUUUUGCAUUCUUCCUACAUUUAGGGUAGGAAGUGAAUGAAAGCUUAUGCGCUCCUUUUCCCUGCAUGUGAGACAACAUAUUUUGUAUUUCACUCAAGGCUCUGCCAGUAAAAAGUAAUGAAAUUGUACCUUUCUAAUGACAUCUAUGCAGCAGGGGUCUGCUGCCUUGUAGAUGGCACCAAAUUAUCCAAGUGUAUUAGCAGACUACGGGCUUUUUCCUUUAAUCCCUUCUUAUUAAUGAAGUGCAUAGUGCUGUUCCCAAGAGACUACAGCUGACAGAUACAGAGAGAAGAGAUCAGAGAGAAAAAAAAAAAAAAGGAAGACAUAAAUGAAUUAUACCCAGCCAUGGAACAAUGCCAACUGCCUCUUCCCUCGGGAAGAGCACACAAACACCCCCAAAUCAGAAGGUGCUCCCUACACUGAAAAUGCAGAGUUGAUCAAAAUGGGGGGAAAAAAAGAGUCUUUCUUUUUUUUAAGUAUUUGAGGCUUUCUUAAAAACUUAAGAGCCCCAAUUGUGAAUGUAUAUCUCCCCCUGUUGAAGCUGACAUUUUCUUUCCAAAGUCCUAAGCUUUUUAUACUUGGAAGAAACUAUUUUCUGGCCUCUAAAUAGUUGUUCCUGUCAUUUGACACUUUCCAUAAGUUCUCAUGAGCAUUUUUCUGCUGUAGCUCAGAGGCACCACUUGGAGCUGCUGCCCAGUGUUAAGAUUUUACAAGAUUAGAAAUAUUUGGAAAAUACAUAUGAUGGAAAUGAGCUGUCUGUUUUAUUGGAGUUCUGAUUCCAAACAGCAUAGAAUAUUCUUCUAGACCACGAAUCCAGGCAACAUGUGCAUUGGUUGAAACUCCGUAACAAUAGGGAAACUCCAAAAUGAAAUAACAAAUGCAAAUGCUAAAAUUAAUCCUGGCAACGUCCUUUGUGGCAGCAUGUGGAUACCAUCCCCACACAGAUAAACUGCCUUUGUAACAACUGAAGAUAGCAGUCUGGGCUGAGCAGACAACCUCAUCCAAAAAAAUACAAAAGCCAAUAUAAAUUCUUUGCCUAUGCACCAUAUAAUAUGUGAAUUCGGAAUAUUUUAUACCUGAUGGUAAUUGUGUCUUCCCUAAUAAGUUAAUGGCAUGAAAGUUAUCUGGAAAAUGUGGUUAUACUCUGAAAAGUGUAAUGUAACAAGAAUCACUUUCUUUACCUCAAAUUUUGUGAGCUUGCAUUUGUGUUUUAAUACUUUUCCAAUCACUGAAACUGACUUUUGAACCCUGUGAUUCCGAAUUGAAUUAAAUAGAAGUCAUUUAAUUCAAGAAUCAAAAACCGUGGCCACUCACUUUUCCAAAUGGCUACUGAUAGCCUGUGAAAAUACAUAUCAGGUAAAUAUUAUACAGUAUGUGCAGUGAACACUAAAUUGAAAAGCAGUUACAGCGUUACCUGUUUAUGUUGAAAAUCAAAGCGCUAAAAACUACACCUAAUUUAUACAACCAUUAGGAUGUAUCUCAAGAUUCUCUUCAGGAUUAAUUAAACCAACAUGCAAUUUAUGAAUAUACAUAAAUUAUUUAUCACUUUUAUGACCCCAAUCACAAUAAAAUUGUAAUUCACGAUGAAGUAAGGAGAAUAGACUGAACAUAUGGUUAUAUUCACAGUUAUUUAUUAACUGAAAUGUUAUUCCAACAUUAGAGCUAAUGUUAAAAAGAUUUCAACUGUAAUGUCUAAUAUUUGGAAUAAUCUAUUAAAAUGAUAGCAUGGUGGUUGACUUCCACAAAUCAUGUUGCAUCUCAUACUACUCAGCUUGUGCAAAUAAACUUUCAAAUGUUUUAAAGGUAAA